AUGAUCUCCUUCUUAAGGGCAAACCAAGAUGUCUUCGCUUGGAAACACGAGGAUAUGCCCGGGAUUGAUAGGAAGAUCAUACAGCAUCGUCUCAACGUCAACCUAGAAUGCAAACCUAUACAGCAGAAAAGGAAAAUAUUUGCACCAGAACGCAACAAAACUGUAACUAAAAAAGUAGAGAAGCUGCUGGAAGUUGAUUUCAUCAAGGAAGUCUUCUAUCCAGACUGGCUAGCAAACGUGGUCAUGGUAAAAAAGAGCAACGGUAAGUGGAGAAUGUGCGUCGAUUUCACAGACCUGAAUAAGGCUUGCCCAAAAGACAGCUUCCUCUUGCUAAGGAUUAACCAACUAGUAGACUCAACUGCUGGACACAAGCUAUUGAGUUUCAUGGAUGCGUUCUUUGGUUACAACCAGAUUCUUAUGGACGAAGACAAUCAAGAGAAGACCUUGUUCAUCGCUAGCCAAGGGUUAUACUGCUACAAGGUUAUGCCCUUUGGACUGAAGAACGCAGGAGCCACCUACCAAAGAUUGGUGAACCGAAAAUUCUUGGGAUUCAUGGUGUCCCAACGGGGAAUAGAGGCAAAUCCAGACAAAGUAAAAGCAAUAAUCGAAGUCAAAUCUCCAAAAACAAUGAAGGAGGUACAGAGCUUGAUAGGGAAAGUUGCAGCCCUAAACAGAUUCGUCUUUAGGGCAACAGACAAGUGCAUGCCAUUUUUCAAGGUAUUGAAAAAAGCCUUUCAAUGGAAUGACGAAUGCGAAGAAGCCCUUGCCAAGUUAAAGGAGUACUUGACGAAACCACCUCUAUAG